CUCCUCUGAUUGGCUGGCUGGUGAAUGUUUACGGAAGUAGAUAAACAGAGUGAUUUACAGCAGUAAGCGACGCAGUUUGUCACCUUGUUGUUGGUGAUUAAGCAAAUAUGCAGACAGAUGAGCAUGUUUUUGAUGUAAAAUCUGAUUUGUUGACAUCUUGCGGGACAUUUCGUGUUCUUGUUGGUGUGACUGGAAGCGUGGCAGCCUUGAAACUGCCUCUCCUGGUGACACAGCUGCUUCAGCUGCCUGGGGUGGAUGUAAGAGUAGUCACCACGGAGCAUGCCAAGCAUUUCUACAAUCCUGCAGAAGUUUCAGUAAAAAUCUACAGUGACAAGGAUGAAUGGGAGCUUUGGACUCAGAGAACCGACCCUGUGUUGCACAUUGAUCUAAGGCGCUGGGCAGACCUACUUGUCAUUGCCCCCCUUGAUGCCAACACUCUUGGAAAGAUUGCUAAUGGAAUUUGUGACAAUCUCGUGACAUGUGUGGCAAGAGCCUGGGAUACCAGUCGCCCCCUCCUCUUCUGCCCUGCAAUGAAUACAGCUAUGUGGCAGCAUCCCAUUACAGCCCAGCAGGUAUCACGGCUCACAGAGUUUGGAUAUGUGGAAAUCCCCUGCAUUGCUAAGAAGCUAGUAUGUGGAGAUGAAGGGAAAGGGGCCAUGGCAGAGGUAUCGAGUAUUGUUGGUGUUAUCAAACAGUUUCUUCAGAAACCAGAUGAGUCAUCUCAGAAAACAUGAACGUGACAUUGUAUUGUACAUUCAGCCGGCACCAAAAAUGUGUGUUGACGUCAUGUGUUGAAAGGUCUCUGUCUACACUUGUUGCCUAAACGUCGUCCACACUGAUGUCAGGUAUGGGCCUAUUAUUGCGUUUUGUCAAAUCACUGAAUAAAUAUAAAACUGGGUCAAAUAUUCUACCUUCUUAAAAAUAAAAAAAAGGUCAUUGUAAUUCCUGGGCUGUUAGCAUUAACAUGCUGAAAUUGAUAUUUUGUCUUUAACAUACAGAACAUAAUUGUAAAAAUACUGUCAGUGUCAAAGGUGAAAGAAAUUUGGAUUAAAAUACUGUUAAUAUUAAAGGUUCAAUAUGUGAAAAAUGCCUCGCAAAGUUAGGGUAAAAACGUGGCUUUGUAUUUCAUUAUGAGAUUAGGUUUCAUCAGCAAUAAGUGGCUAAGUUUGGGGAAUUUCAAACAUUCUGCUGUUUUUUGGGGAAAACAAGUGUCCACUGUGCUUAAAGCAACAGAGGUGUGCUUCAGGAAACUGGUCAUUAUGCAAUAAAAAGCCACUGAAUGCAAGUGCUUAUUAAGUCAUCCAUUUCUCAUUUGAGUCUGUAGAAGCUGUCAUGGAUCCUAUGGGGUUAAUUAAGUGAGACAAAGCAGCGGAAACUAUUUUCCCACAAGGCACUUUGACAGGCUGGCUUUACUGCAGGACACAUAACAUAAAAGUGUCAGUUGAAGUAUGGAUGUUGCAGACUCAGCGACGACUGGGCAAUAGUAGUGUCUUAUUUUGGUAAAUGCAUACUUUUACUUAAUUUGUGCAGACAAUAUUUCUGUUUAACAUUUUUUGAAAAAGGUCUUUGUAAUAUUGUGGCUUAAAUGAGAUGAUAUACAACACUUUGUAAUUUAACAAAGAACUUUUUACCAUGAC